AUGGCAAUUGUGGACACAGUCCGGAUCACAGCUCUGGAGAUGGAGAAGUAUUACAGCCUGCAGCAGGCUGCCUCCCGCCUGGACUCCCUGCUAGAAGACACGACAGCCCCCAUCUGUGCCAGGGACAUCACUGAUCUGCUGAUGAAAGAACUUGCUUUUCUAUCAGGUGGUCGGGGGAAGGAUAACGGCUGGAUCAUCACAUUUCCUGAAAACACCACGUUCAACGAAGUUCCCGAGGGCCUGCUAAAAACUGUUUUAACUUAUCUGACCUCCAUUCCAAGUAAACAUGAGAAUGAUGUAAAAUUCAUAAUCGUAUUGGACAGAAGAAUGGAUACAUGGACGUCUGUAAAACUGACUCUCCAGAAAUUAGCUCAUUCAUUUCCUGGAAACCUUCAUCUAGUUUUGGUCUUAAGGCCAUCGGGAUUUUUCCAGCGCACCUUCACUGACAUUGGAUUCCGGUUCAGUCAAGAGGACUUCAUUCUCAAGCUCCCGGUGGUUAUGCUUAGUUCUGCAUCGGACUUGUUAAAGUACAUCGAUGAAAAGCAGCUGACACCAGAAUUCGGGGGCACACUUGAAUACCGACAUAGGGAUUGGGUUGUCUUUCGAACGGCCAUUGAAGGUUUUGCGUUGACAGUGAAGGAAAUUGCCCAGAUGCUGCAGUCCUUCGGUACAGAAUUGGCUGAGACAGAAUUACCCAGCGACAUAUAUUCAAUUGAACACAUUCUAGCAAACCGCACAGAAAAAUACUGCCAGUUGAAGAAAGACAUCACUUCUGUAAUGAGAGAAGGGGGUUUAUUACUGAACAGUUUUGAAGGACAAAGCACAAGUUUAGUCAGCGGACAGCAAGUUUGUGAAAAACCUGGAGACUGGGAUACUGUGAACAGGCUUUUAGCACAACUACAUGAGAUGGAAUGUGCAUUUGAUGGAUUUUGGGAGAAACACCAGCAGAAAAUAGAACAAUAUUUAGAGCUGUUGAAGUUUGAACAGCAGUUUGAAGAGCUGAAGAGCACCAUUGAAUUUUUGAUGGUACAACAAGCCGGUCUUUCAGAUACAGGAGAGAAUUUAUCUGAUGUCAGACAACGCAUCAUGGAAUUAAAUAAUAUUGAUGAAAGAGCACAGGAUUUAACAGCAAGGUCCCAGCUGGUGAUACUACAUGGCCACCAGUUAGCAGCAAAUCAUCACUAUGCACUUAAUUUAAUCUGUCAGCAAUGCAACGAGUUAAGGCAUGCAUCAGACGUUUUAUUGGAGGAGAUAAGAAGGAAACAUUCACGUCUCUCUACUACACAAGAUCUCCAUGAUCAGUUACAGCAGGCUCUAGAAUGCUGUGACCAAGGGGCGUACUUUCUAGCUAACCAGCAAAUGGACAAGUGCCAGUCUAGAGAAGGUGCACAGAAAGCUUUACAAGAUGUAGAUACGUUUCUGGAAAGCUGCACACUCGGUUUUGACCCACAAAGCCUGAAGCAUAACUAUGAGGCCAUUCUAACGGAUGAACUAAAGGCUCAGAUUGAGGCUGUUCACAUGAAGAUGGAAAACAUGCGAGAUUUGUUUGAAAACCGGCAGGCCAGCCUAAAGAAGUUGGCUGACAAGCAAGUACGUCCAGUGCAGUUAGUGGCUCCUCGACCUGAGAAUCCCCCCAGAUCAAAGUCUCCCCUGUUCUCCCCAAAGCAUGGUAUGGAUUUCAAUUCAAGUCUCAAGUUCUCAUUUGACAUAACGUUGCCAGGGAAACGGACCACACGGAAAAUGCAAACUUCUCGUAAGAUUGAGGUGAUGCAUGACUAUCAAGAAAAAAGAAAUUCCUUACAAUUUUUUAUAUCAGAAAGUGAAGACAGUUUAGACAUACUUAAAGGGCAUGUUAUCCAUGAGCUCAUAGAGACUGAACGGAUCUAUGUGGAAGAACUUUACACUAUUUUACUGGGGUAUAGAUCUGAGAUGGAAAAUCCAGCAAUGAUCCGACUAAUGCCACCUUCUUUGAGGAAUACAAAGAAUAUUCUGUUUGGAAAUAUGCCAGAAAUAUAUGAGUUCCACAACAAAAUAUUUCUACUGAGCCUCGAAAGCUGCAUUGAAGCACCAGAAAGAGUGGGGUUCUGUUUUUUAGAAAGGAGAGAAGACUUUCAGAUGUAUGAAAAGUACUGCCAGAAUAAACCUCGAUCAGAUUCUCUCUGGAGACAGUUUGCAGACAGUGCUUUCUUUCAGGAAUGUCAGAGAAAAUUGGAGCACAAACUUGCUUUAGAUUCAUAUCUACUUAAGCCAAUACAACGCCUAACCAAAUACCAGCUGUUACUUAAGGAAUUAUUGAAGUAUAGCAUUAAUUCAGAUGGAGUCCAGGAAUUACAAGAAGCAUUAGUGUCUAUGCUGGAUUUAUUAAAAUCUGUAAAUGAUUCCAUGCACCAGAUUGCAAUUACAGGAUAUAACGGAGACAUAAACGAUCUGGGCCGAAUACUUAUGCAGGGUUCCUUCAGUGUGUGGAUCGCCCAUAAAAAAGGAUCCACAAAAAUGAAGGAACUUGCUCGUUUUAAACCAAUGCAGAGACAUCUGUUCCUUUAUGAAAGGGCGUUAGUGUUCUGUAAAAGGAGGGAGGAACAUGGCGAUGGACAUGAUAAAACUCCGUCUUACAGCUUCAAGCACUUUCUAAAGAUGAAUGCGGUUGGCAUCACAGAAAAUGUGAAGGGGGAUAAUCGCAAGUUUGAAAUUUGGUACAGUGGACGAGAAGAGGUUUAUGUUGUACAGGCUCAGACUGCAGAACAGAAGGCAGCAUGGUUGAAUGAAAUCAGGAAGAUACUGACCAAGCAAGGGGAACUUAUGAAAGUAGAGAAACAGAAACAGAACUCGUUCUCAGACCAGGUUGUGCUGUCACCACAAAUCAGUGAGGGAAAAUUACAGAGGGUGUCAGUAAGCUCUGAGGAAAAUGACUCUGAGAAUAACAGUCCUGUUACACUGGAGAGCUUAAAUAUCUCACCUCAGCAUAAACCACACAAAGGUUGGAGUGGAAUGUCCCAGUCUUUAGAGAUCUGUGAAGGACUUGAAGGCUGGUCCAGCUCAUGUGCUUGUUCUGACACAGAAGAGGAGGACACAGUGCAGUUGUCACCUGGUAGAUACAAAGCACUGGCUGACUGCAAGAAGAGGGGAUCUGAUGAUGUACUGGUGAGAAAUGGGGAUGUCAUCCAACUAUUGCAGGAAGAUGCUGAGGGAAAAUGGUUUGUGAAGAAUUUGAACAGAAAAAAAGAAGGUUGGAUUCAUGGAAACAACUUACAAAUAAUCAUUGGUGAAUGCAGGAUCCGAGCAUCAAAAUUAACAGAUGCUGCCCUGUGUACCACAAGAAAGCUAAGUUCUCCGUAG